CUCCCCUUCAUUUCCUACCUACCCAUUGGCACUCUCUACCCUCGUCAUCGUCACCACCACAACUCUCUCAUCCUUUCGCAAACCUCUUCUCCUAGCUACUCAAUCCCCCGCAUUCGACCUCCGCAGCCCGCAAUCGCUCCUCCCACCACCGCUGGCCGCCUCACCAUGUCGAGCCUGCGGGGCUUGUACGGCAGCAAGGGCGACACCGCCGGCCAGGAUAAUCUGGGCGUCGACUAUGUAAUAUGCUACAAGGUUCCUCCCAAAGAACGAGCCGAGGCCGAGGCCGGCUUCGUGCAGGUCGUCGAGGCCCUCACCCGCGUCGGCCUCGCCGUCGAGGUCCGCGGCGGCGGCGACGCCGACUCCCUCCUCCUCUUCGUCAAGGCCGCCUCCCCGGACCUGCUCGCCCGCCACGUCUACCGCUCCCGCCUGCAGGACUGGCUCGGCGGCGCCCGCACCUCGGGCCCCGAGUCCGACGUCUCCCGCUCCCUCCGCCAAGACCCCGUCACCGAGGCCGAGCGCCUGCGCAUCGUCUACCAGAUCAUCACUCGGCCCCAGAACGAGGGUGGCGCCGGCAUCAGCGACUCGGCCUCGUCGGGCCCCUCCAAGCAUGUCGCCGCCGUUUUCCCCCUCCAUGAUCAGGCCUUCAACAAGGCCUGGAUACAAAGGUGGAGCAAAAAGUACACAAUCGACCAAUCCGACAUUGACGAGAUUCGUGACAAGUUUGGUGAGGACGUCGCUUUCUACUUUGCCUUUUUAAGGAGCUAUUUCCGCUGGCUCGUAUUUCCGUCUGCCUUUGGCUUCGCCUGCUGGCUGAUCCUGGGCCAAUUCUCCUUCGUCUACACCCUCGGCAUUGGUCUGUGGUCCGUCGUCUUUCUCGAGUAUUGGAAGAAGAAAGAAGUCGACCUCGCUGUCCAGUGGGGCGUUCGUGGCGUGUCCGCGAUCCAGCAGCACCGCCCCGAGUUCAAAUGGGAUUUUGAGACGGAAGACGCCAUCACGGGUGAACCGAAAAAGGUCUACUCGCAUACCAAGCGCCUGCAGACGCAGCUGCUCCAGGUUCCGUUUGCUCUAUCCUGUGUUGUCGUGCUGGGUGGGCUUGUCGUCAUCUGCAACUCGCUCGAGAUCUUCAUCAAUGAAGUCUACGAUGGGCCCUUCAAGCAAUAUUUAGCCUUUUUGCCCACGGUCCUCCUGGUUGUGUUCACGCCAACCUUCUCCGCUGUCCUCAUGGGGGCAGCCAAUGUCUUGACUGACAAGGAAAAUUACGAGACCACGGACUCCUAUCAUGCGGCCCUGGUUCAGAAGCAGUUUGUGCUGAACUUCAUGACCUCGUACAUGGCCUUGUUCUUUACCGCCUUUGUAUACAUCCCGUUUGGCGAUAUCCUGCUGCCGCUCCUCGAGUUCUGGCGGACAACAGCGCAAGUGGUCACUUUCAGCGACAAAGCCCCGCCGACUCAGAAGUUCCAAGUCAACCCGCAACGAAUAAGCAGCCAGAUGUUCUACUUCACUGUCACAGCGCAGAUUGUCAAUUUUGCCACCGAAGUAGUCGUUCCAUACGUCACGCACAAGGCUACCACCAAGGCCAAGGAGCUGCAGGGCAAGAAAGCCCCCGCCCAUGAUCCGUCUGAAGAGGUAGACUUUCUGAAGCGAGUGCGCGACGAGUGUGAGCUAGAGGCGUACGACGUGACGGGGGACUACAGGGAGAUGGUAAUGCAGUAUGGCUACCUGUCGCUCUUUUCGGUUGCCUGGCCGUUGGCUGCGUGCUGUUUCCUCGUCAACAACUGGGUUGAAUUGCGGUCAGAUGCGCUGAAGAUAGCCAUCAGCUGCAAGCGGCCGAUUCCAUGGCGAUCCGACUCCAUUGGCCCCUGGCUCACUGCCAUCGGGUUUCUGUCCUGGCUUGGCAGCAUCACGAGCUCCGCUAUUGUGUAUUUGUGCAGCGGAUCACGGAACGGAGCCAGGGGAACGACGUCGCAAUUCACAGCUUGGGGCGUGCUCCUCAGCAUCUUGUUGGCGGAGCAUUUCUACCUCGCCGUACAGCAAGCCGUCCGAUACGUCAUGGGCAAGGUCGAAAGUCCUGGCCUUCAGCGCGAGCGCAAGGAGAGAUACCUGAUGAAAAAGAAGCUCCUCCAGGAGAACCUGGGCGAGGAUGCAGAGGAGAAGGCGUCUCCUCCGGGGAUCGAGACGACGGAAAAGAUCACGAGAGCGACCCUCGAGGAAGAAGCUCGCCAGGCAUCCGUGCGCGGGCAAGGGACAGCAGAAGAGAUGUUCUGGCAACGCCAAAGAGGCAUGCAGGAAACAAUAUUGGUCGGCCGCAAGCUGAUUUCACUGGGGGCGUCUGAAACCGGCAACAAGCUGGACGAUCCGGCACCGAGCCCUAGGGCUUGAAGCGACUUCACAGGGGACCAGGAACAACAUGAUCGGGCCGGAGAAAGAGGUGGGGUUGCAUGCGGAGAUGCUAAUGUGCUGCGCUGCGGAAGCCGGGUUCUUUGGGAAUGAGCGAAGAAGUCAUCGAGCGUGGAUAAAUAGGAACAAUGCACGUAAUUUGCUGCGGAGCCGGCAAAGGUUUGCCUGGCGUGCCUUUUCGUGCGAGGCGAUGGGGGCGGUUCAGAAGCAUCCAGGGUCGGGGAUCAAUAUCCUGACAGGGAUCCACGAGUCGUGGAACACGAUGUGUUUGUACCUGGUCGAUGUAAUCCUGCAGCCUGUCGGGACCACUCAUACCUUGUAACGCCGACUGGAUCCAAGCUGCGACGGUCGUGGGCGCGACGCUCUAUCCUCACACUCACAGUACCUGACGAAGGCCACAUGGCAUGCCUGCUCGCAAAGUCAAUUUGGUCGGUGACCAGCAAGGCAACCGUUUCCAGACCGGGGUGUCGUUUCCGAGAUCCUCGGACUUGAGUGAGGGAACGCACCUAGUACCUACUAAGUUACUUACUUCGUAGCUUAGUGACAAUAGAUGUUUGAGAAC